GAACCAGUACAAACCAUGGCGACAACGAGCUCCGGCCGGUUAAUCGCCGGUUUAACGGCAUCGAUCGGCUCAAUCGAAUCGCGUUACGCGAAUCCAGCUCAAUCCGUUUCUCUAAUCUGUCGAAAUCAAACCAAUGGUGCACCUCCCAUCGUCCUUCGGUCCUCUCGAAGAUCUAAGCUGUGGUUAAUCGAGGCGAUUCCUCCGGCGAAGUCCUGGGACGGAUCUAACGAUGGCGAACAAGAAAUCAAGAAGUCAGACGCGCGUAAUUACGCGAUCGGUGGAAUCGGUGGUCGCGCGGUCGCCGGAAAACAUGACAGGACGAUGGAGAUAGUUAUAGCAGCGGCGACAACGGCGGCGCUGGGUGUUGGGAAUCGCGUACUAUAUAAGCUGGCUCUUAUUCCUCUCAAGCAAUAUCCCUUCUUCCUCGCACAGCUCUCCACCUUCGGGUAUGUAGCUGUAUACUUUUCGAUCUUGUAUUUCAGAUACCGAGCUGGAAUUGUUACAAAAGAGAUGCUAUCAGUUCCAAAACUUCCAUUUUUAAUUGUUGGCGUCUUAGAGUCUCUUGCUCUAGCUGCUGGGAUGGCGGCCGCAUCAAAUCUUUCUGGACCAUCUACUACAGUUUUAUCUCAGACAUUUCUUAUCUGGCAAAUUCUUUUCUCCAUUAUAUUUCUCGGGAGAAGAUAUAGGAUAAAUCAAAUAUUAGGAUGUACUCUUGUAGCAGUUGGUGUAAUCGUCAGUGUGGCAAGUGGAUCGAGUGCCACUCAUUCAUUUAAAGAUACAGGAAUACUUUGGAGUCUUCUUAUGGUGUUGUCUUUUCUGCUUCAAGGAGCAGAUACAGUAAUGAAGGAAGUCAUCUUUCUAGAUAGCAAAAAGCGGUUGAAGGGUGCUUCACUUGAUCUGUUUGUUGUAAACUCAUAUGGUUCAAUUUUCCAAGUCAUAUGCAUUGCGUUGCUUCUUCCUUUUCUUUCAAAACUUUGGGGCAUACCGUUUAACCAAUUACCGAGUUAUAUCAGAGACGGGGGUGCUUGUUUUCUGAAUAUUGGUUCUAGAAUAACAGGAUGCGAAGGGGCUCCCCUUCUUCCAGUAAUGUUUGUCAUGAUGAACAUGGCUUACAACAUCUCCCUUCUACGCCUCAUCAAGAUCUCAUCGGCAGUUGUGUCGUCUCUGGCAUCCACCGUUUCAGUGCCCAUAGCGGUGUACUGUUUCACGCUUCCCCUACCGUACCUUGGGGUGGCAUCUACACUUCCAAGGGGAGUGACCGGAACUCUCUCGGCGGCAUCAUCUCCAGCGGUGGCGGCGGUGUCUAUCUCCGCCGCUCUAAGACUCUCCAUCACUCCCACUCUCGCUAUCGCCUCUCCUCCUCAUCUCCGCUGGUUCACGACGUUUUCUCGUCAAUUUCUCGGCGGACGCAUCUCUUCACUCCGACCACGCAUUCCUUCUCCGUGCCCGAUUCGACUCUCUGGUUUUUCGGCUCUCAAAAUGAGAGCUUCGUUUAGCAGUGGGAGUAGUGCAAGUAGAGAGAUUCUGGUGCAGCAUUUGCUUGUUAAGAAUGAUGAUGUUGAGCUCUUUGCUGAACUCCAAAAGAGAAUCUUGGAAGGAGAGGAGAUGAGUGAUCUUGCGGCUGAGUACUCGAUUUGUCCAUCCAAAAAGGACGGUGGUAUACUUGGAUGGGUAAAACUGGGUCAAAUGGUACCAGAGUUUGAGGAAGCUGCGUUUAAAGCAGAGCCGAAUCAGGUGGUGAGGUGUAGAACCCAAUUUGGCUUGCACUUAUUGCAAGUUCUAUCUGAGAGGGAACCGGUGAAAGAUAUCCAGGUAGAGGAGCUACAUUCCAAAAUGCAAGAUCCAGUUUUCAUGGAUGAGGCUCAGUUAAUUGAUGUCAGAGAACCUGACGAGAUAGCCAUUGCAUCCUUGCCAGGAUUCCAAGUGUUCCCGCUCCGUCAAUUCGGAACCUGGGCACCAGACAUCACUUCAAAGCUGAACCCUGAGAAGGAUACAUUUGUCUUGUGCAAGGUUGGUGGCAGGUCGAUGCAGGUUGCCAACUGGUUACAGUCUCAGGGCUUCAAGAGUGUGUACAACAUCGCUGGUGGAAUACAAGCCUAUUCUCUCAAGGUUGACCCAUCAAUUCCUACUUACUGAAAUUGAGCAUCUUAGUAUUAUUUAGCUCUUUUUCUUGUAUCCUAAUUCGAAAUAACAUUGCAAAUCAGAUUUUCAAUAAACUAUAUAAUAUAAGGUUCAUUUCAGA